UCCGAGAAUCACAGGUUUUUCCACAUGGGCAAGAAGGUACGGUCACUCACAGCUCCUGCUGGAGGGUCAGUCAAGAAAUACUGAACAUUUAGGGACCUCGCUAAAAGUGACCAUUCAUCAGCCACUACUUGUCAUGUUAAAAGCACCGGUCUUACAACAUAAAAUUGGAUCAUUUUGACAUUUUAGCAUCGGGCAAAAUUGACUUUCAUUGCAGAAUUAGGGAGACUGUUCAUUCAAGAGCUAGUGAGAAGAAGCCGUUGCUUUACAAGCUACUUCUCAUGACGUAUAGAUAGGUUAAAUUACUGCUGCGGAUUCAUUUAUCUCAGUCUAGGUUCCAGACCUCUAAUAUUUACGAUAUAAGAAAUUUUCAACUGACUUGAAAGUCUAGUCUCUUUGUCAGUUAAUCCUUUCAUGAGUCCCCUUGUUCCGGUGGUUCUCAUGUUCAUGCUGAUCCCUAUAUAAAAGAAGAGAAUGGACAAGGCUAUAGGGAAAAGAAAUCGCUAUUUAUUGAGUUUUAUUUGCCGGUCAUUGUUAAAUGAAUACUCGUUAUCAAACUGCUUAGAAAAUAGAUUAUCUAGACUAAACAGGAAAGGAAAGUUUUCUCUUAAAUGGGGAACACUUUGUUUAAAAUAGCAGCUAUUUUUAGAAUUGAAUAGCUUGUUUCAUUAGAAUACACUGACAAUUUUGAACAUUUGUGUCACUCUCCGCGCCAGUCAAACAUUAUAAUUGCCACCUGCUAGUUAUCCCGGACAUCAUUGUAAAAACCGUUGAGAAUUGUUUACCGUUAACAUAUUAAAUGCAUUGAUGACACUGCUUAAAUAUUCUUGGCUGGAAACGGCGGUCAGCCUGAUACAGACAACAUAGCGUUGCUUAUGUCUCCACGUUCAAAGGAUUCGACGGGGGCCUACAGAAAUUCCAAAAUAUUUUUCAGUUCUUCGUUAAUUACGAGGGUUGAUAUUGCUUAAGAAAGCGAUAAAACUCUCGUGGCUUAAUUGGCUCAAAAACAAAGAACAGGAGAUCGCCUUCAACGCAUUUUCAAUUCCAUGAGUCCAGGGCGUCCGAUAGUUAUCAUAAAUUUAUGAGCUUACCGGCUUCACCAUAGAUACGGCUGGUUUACAAGAAGUUACACUCAGAUAACAACACAUUCGCAGUGUUAACAUAUAUAGCAGCGGACGUGUUGGUAUAACUGUUUACCAUUAAAGCAGGUUGCCUGAUGAUCUAAUGAAAAUGUCAGCGACGAAGAAACAAGUCCGCUUCAGCGAGACUGGUGGAAGAAACACGUCUUUAAGUGAAACUUUAACUUCGCAGAAAAUAGAAACAUCACAUUCUGAAACAAGUUCAAAUAACAAGAGAAAGAAGAAAAAGAAAAAGACGCAACUGCAGAUACUUAAAGCAGAGAAGAAAAAGCUUAAAAGGGACUUGAAGGAUACCAGAAAAGGAAUUUUGGAAGAUAAUGAGCGAAAAGCAAGUCCGGAUUACACUCCGUAUGAAAAUCGACAGAGACUAGCGAGGACAACAAGCGACAACCUUUCCAAGCUUCAACAACUAGAGAGCAAAAUUACAACGAAGGAAAAAGCAAAUAAAAUGAAAAUUCAGAGGAAACUUCACACCAAACUUAAGAAAAGAUUUAUUAGGGCUGAUAAGCAGCACAGUCGACUUAUCGAAAUGACUUCAAAGAUGGAAAGGAUGAAAUUAGGCGAAGAAGAAUUACGCGCUGAAAUAACGCGAGAACUGAGAGAGAGCGAAGAAACUUUGCCAGCCGUAGAGUCAACAAUUCAUUUGCCUCCCAUAAACAUGAUAAGGGCAAAUUCAGCGGACUGGGUGAAGCUUUCUUCCAGCAAAAGAGAGGCAUCGACGUCUGACUGUGGCAUAGAUGAGGACUCCCGACCCGCUUCUGUGUUGAGUGAAUCUGCAAUUCAGCUGAGCCCCAGUGAAAAGAGAAUAGUGGCAGAUAAACUCUCUCAUAAAUACGACAUGACAAGGGAACUAAGAAACACCAUUCAUGAACACAUGAUCUCUCGCUCUUACAGUUUCUCUUAUUUCAACAUUAUACCUCCGUACAAGCGGAGAAAACCGAAACCACAGAAAACCAAACAAGCUUUCAAUCGCAUGGUUUACGAGGACAAAAUAGGAGUAGUGGCCUUCAGCAAGCUGUAUCCGAAAAAAGUUGUUUUAAGCGCUUAAAAAUUCAGGUUGGAUUCUUGCGAGACAAUUUUUACACUAAACUUGCUUCAGUCGCGUUUGUUUCUCAGUGAAAUAACCGGUUGCAAUUACUGAAUAAUGUUAAAUGUAAUAUUCUCCGGAAGUUUAAGACGUUUUUGACAUUUUGUUGUCAUACUUUUAUAAAUGAAAGUGGUAAUUCGCCUUACCACUGAAAUAAUCAGACCUGAACAUUUUUCUUCGAUAAAGUUUUGCAUUGUAAAGGAGAAAAAAAUCCUAAAUCGGCCAUAAAAGGCGGAGAAAUGUUUCGAUAUAAAUAAUUGCAAGUAACUAAGCAACCCAACGACUGCUGGAACACUUUGCUGUCAAGUCACCAGCUGAUGCUAGUUAUUGCGCAAAUGUCCCUAAUGGGAAUUAAAUUUUAACGUGUUGGCGGCUUUGCCAAGGUAUACAUGUUGAAACAUGCUAAUAGGGUCCUAACAGAAAUACGAUGCGUUUCUUUAUCCUAUCACGUUUCCUUUCAUUAAUGUUUAUUUCACAAAGAGUCAGAAUAACCAAAAAGCAGGCAUUCUUUUGUUUCCAAAAUUGUCCAAAACGACAACUCAUUGAUAUGAGUUGGUUAUUUUAGCUGCCCUCUGUGACAAUAAAUUAAUGUGGGGAGCUAGUCUGUCUAGCCUUGUCGGUUUACUAGCUGACGCGAGAACGAUAGGAUAGCAGAUUUCUUUGACAGCAGUUUCACGACAUGCGAACGCUCCGGUUUCAUGGUCAGCGGAUGGUUUCCCGGCGACCAUCUCCAACCCACUCACCACGCAGUCAGGAGCAACCAGAGAACUCUGGGCUCGAGGUUAUGACGUGCGCGUCUUACAGGAAUAAGCUAUGUACCACGUGGCGGAAAAUGCCCUUCAUGUGAAAGUACAAUCUGAGCCAGAAGCUGUAACCACAGGAUAACACUAUAAGAUCCCUGUUAAGUCCUGUAAUUAAGUUACAACAACGGAAGACUAAAAUCGUACUUGUUUGCUAUUUUGAACUGAAUGAUACCGGUUUCGCCCCAUGGCGAGUUCACCCCCAUCGAGUU